AUGAGGGCUCUACACAAAUCCUACUUGAGCGUGCGACCACUUCAGGAGUCAAGAAUCGAAGGUUUAGAGUUGGUCAUAACGGCAGGUGAAGAAAUUAAUGAAGACUAUCCAGUAGAAAUUCAUGAGUAUUUGUCAACAUUUGAGAAUUCCAUAGGUGCUGUGGAUGAGAUGCUGAAGACCAUGAUGUCUGUUUCAAGAAAUGAAUUGUUGCAGAAGUUGGACCCACUUGAACAAGCUAAAGUGGAUUUAGUUUCUGCAUACACAUUAAAUUCGAUGUUUUGGGUUUAUUUGGCAACUCAAGGAGUCAAUCCUAAGGAACAUCCAGUAAAGCAGGAACUGGAAAGAAUCAGAGUACACAUGAACAGAGUCAAGGAAAUAACAGACAAGAAAAAGGCUGGCAGGCUGGACAGAGGUGCAGCUUCAAGAUUUGUGAAAAACGCUCUCUGGCAACCAAAAUCUAAACAUGCAGCGAAAGCUGCCAAUAAAGGAAAAAGUAAAAAUUAA